CCGCGCCUGAGAAGUUAAUAAUUUUUUUAAAUCCUGCAAAUAAUGCAUCCCCGUCUUGCACACUCUUUGGGUCAGUCUAGAAAUCUUUGCAUCAUUUCCCUGAUCUGGACCGCCGCAACCCACACAGCUCCCCGGCCUGGAGAAGUCCAUGUGCCUGCGCCUGUUGCGGGAAGUGGGGCGGAGCUUGCGUGCUGACGCAGGAGAGCCGUGCGUGGGAGCGUGCGCGCCUCGAGACAGGCGAAGGGUAACCGUCGCCGGGCUUUGCGCUUCAACUGUCGUUAGUGUAUUUUUCUGUUGUCACUUCUGUGUCUUCCUUCAAGGUUCUCCAAAUGUCAACUGUCAAGGAGCAGCUUAUUGAGAAGCUAAUUGAGGACGAUAAAGACUCCCACUGUAAAAUUACCAUUGUUGGAAUUGGUGCCGUAGGCAUGGCUUGUGCUAUUAGCAUUUUACUGAAGUAUUUUAUUUCCUUUUUAGAUUACAGUGUAUCUGCAAACUCCAAAAUAGUUAUUGUCACAGCAGGUGCAAGGCAACAGGAGGGAGAAACUCGCCUUGCCCUGGUCCAACGUAAUGUGGCUAUCAUGAAAUCAAUCAUCCCUCCCAUAGUACGUUGUAGUCCUGAUUGUAAAAUUCUUGUUGUUUCAAAUCCAGUGGAUAUUUUGACAUAUGUAGUCUGGAAGAUAAGUGGCUUACCUGCAACUUGUGUAAUUGGAAGUGGUUGUAAUCUAGACUCUGCCCGUUUUCGUUAUCUAAUUGGAGAAAAAUUGGGUAUUCAUCCCACAAGCUGCCAUGGUUGGAUUAUUGGAGAACAUGGUGAUUCUAGUGUGCCCUUAUGGAGUGGGGUGAAUGUUGCUGGUGUUGCUCUGAAGACCCUGGACCCUAAAUUAGGAACGGAUUCAGACAAGGAAAACUGGAAAAAUAUCCAUCAACAAGUUAUUCAAAGUGCCUAUGAGAUUAUCAAGCUGAAGGGAUAUACCUCUUGGGCUAUUGGACUGUCCGUGAUGGAUCUGGUAGGAUCCAUUUUGAAGAAUCUUAGGCGAGUGCAUCCAGUUUCCACCAUGGUUAAGGGAUUAUAUGGAAUAAAAGAAGAACUGUUUCUCAGUAUCCCUUGUGUCUUGGGGUGGAAUGGUGUCUCAGAUGUUGUGAAAAUUAACUUGAAUCCUGAGGAGGAGGCCCUUUUCAAGAAGAGUGCAGAAACACUUUUGAAUAUUCAAAAGGAUCUGAAAUUUUAAAGCCUUCUAAUGUUCCACUGUUUGGAGAACAGAGGAUAGUUGACUGUAUAAAUUUUGAAAGUAUUUUCAUUUGAUCUUUAAAAAAUAAAAAUUGGAGACCUAUGACAUAA